AUGCAAGAAAUGGAAACAACUCCGAUGGAAGUUCGACAAAUUUAUUCAAGUCAAAAAGAAGUAAUGAAGAAAAUAGCUGAAUUUUCAGGAGAAGCUGAUGAAAUCGAUAUUGAUGAAUGGAUUUUCUAUUUAAAUAAUUUAUUCUCAUUAAUGAAAUUAAAAGAUGAAACGAAAAUUAUUGAAACUAUGGGCAAAUUAACAGGACCAGCAUUACGAUGGUAUCAAGAAAAUUUGAGAUCAUUCAUCAAUUGGAAUGAUACUGAAAAAGCAUUACGAGAUCGAUUUAAAGAAUUUACAUCCGACAAUCAAUUAAUGCAAGAAUUUUUUAAUAUUCAUCAAGAAGAAAACCAAUCGGUUAUAUCAUUUUAUGAAAAUGUUAUCCGAAAAUAUAGGAAAUCGCAACAAUUUAUUACGGAACAACAAGUUAUUACGGUAUUACAGAAUGGUGUUAAAAAUUCAUUAAAAGAACAUUUAAUUCGUAAUGAAAAAGAAAUUAAAAAACCAGAAGAAUGGUUGCAAUUAGCAAAAGAAGAAGAAUAUAUACAAAAACGAAUUCAACAACAACGUGAUGGGUUACAUACUGGAACAAAAAAUAGAACAUUUUUUGAACACGUAUUACCAACUGCAACAGUUCAACCAACACCAUCGAAUUUUCAAUUGUCAAGUCGACAGCCCUUUACAUCACGUCAUUACUACAAACAACAACAUCAACAACAACCAUCAUCAACAAUAAAUCGCACAUAUUCAAAACAAAAUGAUUUUUCAAAUCUUAAACAAAAUCGAAAAAAUUAUCCAGAAAUUAAAAUACAAAAAUCCGAUACAUGUUUAAUUUGCAAUAAAAACAAUCAUGCAACAACAAGAUGUUUUUAUAAGAAGAACAAUGGUUGUUUUAAAUGUGGACAAUCGAAUCAUCAAAUACCCAAAAAGUCAUCAACCAACAACACAUUUAAUCCAAUUUUUGUUAAAAUUUUAUGCAACAAUACUCCACAAGAAGCGCUUAUUGAUACUGGAUCGGCCAUCACUAUUAUACAUCAAUGUUUAUUAAAUGAUAUACCACAUGGAAAAUUAAUACCAAAAACAAUAAAUCAUUUAUCUGCAAAUUGCUCAACAUUAAAUAUCAUUGGUGAAAUACCUUUAGAAAUUAAUGUUAAUGGAAUAAAGACAACAAUUAUUGCCGAUGUUACAACAAAUCUUGUUACGAAUUUAAUAUUAGGUAGUGAUUGGAUUCAAUCAAAUAAUGUUUAUAUUCUUACACCUGAACAACGAAUUAUGAUCCGAAGUCGAGGUAAAGAAGUAUCAACUCCUUUUGUAAAACCACCUCUUUUAAAUUAUCCAGCUACUCUUAUUAAUCAUAUUACUCUUCCUCCUUUUUCAGAAAAAAUAGCAGAAGCACAAGUUCAACAUAACAAUACGAUAGAUGUAUUAUUCGAACCAAAUCCUCGAUUAAAAAAUAAAGCAUUAUUUACUGCAAGUGCAUUACUCAAUAUUAAAAAUAGAAGAAUAAGGAUUAGCAUCAUUAAUGCAACGAACCGGCAACAAACACUUUCCGAAGGAACGAAAUUAGGCAUAGUGACACAAUUAUCUUCUACAGUUGGUGUUACCGUAUCAUCAGAUUAUUUAAAAGAACGCAUUCCGAAAGGAAACGCGUAUAAAUUGCUCAUUCCUAAAGGGAAAGAAGCGAAUAAAUCGGAUAAAUUAAAUUCCGAGAAUAUGCCGACCACAACAUGGUACGAAAAACAACAUCAAUGUCGUAAAUGUUAUCAACAGUUUAAUACUGGCAAUGAAUUAUUCAAACAUCUUAGAAACAAAUGUUACCCUGAAGAAAUAAGACAGCAAAUAAACAAAUUAACUGAACAUAUUACUGAUGAUAAACAGCGAGAACAAAUUUUAAAAAUUUUAUGGAAGUAUGGAAAAUUAUUUGAUAUUAUUGAACCAUCGAAAAUUGAUAUAAUUUUAAAAAAUGCUAUUGAUACUGGUACACACCGUCCUAUUCAUACUCCACCAUAUAGAAAAUCAAACAAAGAUCAGGAAACUUUAAGAAAAGAAACAGAUAAAUUAUUAAAAAAUGGAAUUAUUGAACAUUCAACAUCACCAUGGUCUUCACCUGUCGUUUUGGUGAAAAAGAAAGAUGGAACAACAAGAUUUUGUGUCGAUUAUCGUCGUUUGAAUCAAAUUACAACAAAAGAUGCUUUUCCUCUACCAAGAAUUGAUGAUAUUUAUGACCAAUUAACAAAAGCAACACAUUUUACAAAAUUUGAUUUUAAAGCUGGAUAUUUUCAAGUACCAUUAGACAAAUUAGAUCGACCAAAAACAGCAUUUUCAACUCGAGAUGGACAUUUUCAAUUUAAAGUAUUACCACAAGGCCUUACUAAUGGACCACCGACGUUUCAACGUAUUGUCAAUCAAAUAUUAGGUCCAAACAGGUGGAAACAUGUACUCGCCUAUAUCGAUGAUAUUAUUAUUUACUCACAAAAUUUUAACGAACAUUUAAAACAUAUUGAAGAAGUAUGUUCAUUAUUACAGGAAGCAAAUUUUAAAUUAAAUGUCGACAAAUGCGAAGUUGCAAGAACAGAAAUAUUAUUUCUUGGACAUUUAAUUAAAGCUGGUACUAUUAAACCCGAUCCGAACAACAUCCGUGGUUUGACUGAUACACGAGAACCAACAUCAGCUGAAGAAGCAUUUAGAUUCGUCAAAGCAGCAGAAUAUUAUAGAAAAUUCAUUCCAAAAUUCUCCACCAUUGCUGCACCAUUACAUCAAUAUUCUCCAGCAACAUUACAACAACAGAAGAUUAAAAAAAAAUUAAAAUUUGAAUUAUCUGCUGAAGCUAGAACAGCAUUCCACCAACUAAAGAAAAUAUUAACAACCGACCUUAUUCUCGAUUUACCUGAUGAUACAUUACAAUUUAAAUUACAAACUGAUGCUUCUAUAGAUGGAAUUGGUGCUGUUCUAUUACAAAUUACUCCCAAUGGUGAUCGACCAUUAGCAUAUAUGUCAAAGAAAUUAACAAAAGCACAAACUAAGUGGUCAACAAUCGAACAGGAAUGUUAUGCAAUAGUACAAGCAAUAGAAAAAUGGGAUAAAUAUCUUCGUGGACAUGAAUUUAUAUUAGAAACUGACCAUGAACCAUUAAUUCAUUUUACAAAUAAAGAACAAUUAAAUAAAAGAUGUGAACGAUGGCGAUUAAAAUUAGCUGAAUAUCGAUUUAAAGUGAAACAUAUCCAAGGCAAGAAAAAUCAUAUGGCAGAUUACCUUUCAAGAUCACCAGUCGAAGUAGCUGAAGAAGAUAUUGAAGAACGAAUUCAAUAUGAAUCAACAGCAACACAAACAGAUUUAUCAUUUUUAUCAUUAGAUAAUAAUUUAACUCCAUUAAAAAUGACAACAGCAAUUACUAGAGCUCAAGCCAAAUUACAACAACAAGCAAUGGCUACACCAUCUAUUAAACUGACAGAUAGAAAAAUUAAUGAGCUCAUCCCACAAGGGAAAGUAGCGACUGAUGAAGAACUGAUAAUCAAACCAUCAGAAAAAAAUCCAAAUAAGAUCAUCCCAUUUGAUAUGGAUGAUUUAAGAAAACUUCAAGAAGAAGACAAAACAACUCAAGAAAUAAAAAAGAAUAUUAAGAAUAAAAAACAUUAUUUUAUUGAAGAUGGAAUAUUAUUUAAAAAACAACAACUACCACUUUCACCUGUGCCAUACGUUCCAAUUGGACGAUUACGUGCUGAUAUAUUAAAAAUUUAUCAUGAUACACCCGCUAAUGGAGCUCAUUUUGGACGUGACAAAACAAUAAGAAAAAUACAAGAACGUUAUUAUUGGCCAACAAUGAUAGCAGAUAUUAAAAAUCAUUUAAAUUCAUGUUUACCAUGUGCACAAAACAAUUAUCGUCGUCAAAAA